AUGGUGAAAUUGGAAGCAACGAUGACGAGGAUGUUUGUGACGAGGGAAACCAAAAAGAGCGAGGGAUCAUCCAAUUCUGAUGGGGACGAUAAAAAAACGAAGAAGAAAAAGAGCCGUAAAGAUAAAAAUGGAGCAGACCAAGAAGAUCUUACUUACACGUCACCAGAAAUUAUCAGCGUGACGCAAAAUAUGAUGAAUUUCGUUUCGGUUGUUGGAGAGGAUGAAAGCAAACAUUGGAAGACGUCGAUGACUCCCGCUGGAUUUUUUGAACAACUUCGUUUGCUUCAAGUGUCCCAAGAGUUUGACCAUCGAAUCAAAGUGUAUGUUGCAUUGGAUGUUUUGUUCAAUAAAGACUUUGGACUUCUCACUCCGGACACCCCUCCAGCAAAAGUGACUCAAAAUAUGGCGCAACGUGACAUUCUUACGGCGUUGGAAGAUUUUGUUGAAGCGCGAUGUGGAACUUCUGUGCUCGGCUUCAAAAAUUAUCCCUACUUUCUUCAAAAGUUGUACUCUGCUGAUAUUCUGAGUGACGAAGGAAUUCUAACUCACUAUAAUUCGAAAAAAGUCGCUGCUGAGGGGCGUGAGGGUCACUCGAAAGCGAAGAUCGCCGCAAAGCCAUUUUUGGCUUGGCUGGAACAAAAUGACUCUGAGGAGUCAGAUGAAGAGGAGGAGGAGGAGGAGGAAGAGUCAACGCCUGAAGACCUGAAGAAGCCAUCAGCGGCAGUGGGAGGAGCCCAAAGCAUACAAACAGCAAAGACGACUGAUACAACUGCAGAUGCUGAUGAUAUUAACAUCGAUGAUAUUUAG